GACAAUUGCACCGGAAGUUAUGCAGUGCACCAUACUGAAUUUGAAUUUUCUAAGUUGUGCUAACAGUUGAGGAGCUGGCUACAAGGUAGCACACGAUUUGGCUAUGCUUUGUUAAAUUGCUAUAUUUUUCAUUACACACUUUAGUAUUUGUCGGGUACGAAGGCCAGUGUGCAAGAAUGUAGCUUGCUAGAGAACGUUGCAAUAAUGCCGAUAUAUUGAGAUUUUGUCUUUUGAAUAUGACCUCGUUACCGUCAGCCCAGCAGUACACAGCAUCAAGCUCAGCAUGCAACAUAUUACCUGGUGAUGGGAGUCAGGUGCAGCCCAAAGCCCCUCUCCUGCAGAUUCUGCGUGUGGCUGGAGCCCAGGAGGACAUCUUUACCCUCAAGGAGGUGAUGCACUACCUGGGCCAGUACAUCAUGGGGAAGCAGUUGUAUGAUAAACAGAGGCAGCACAUAGUGCACUGUCAGGACGACCCACUGGGAGAGCUGCUGGAGGUCGAGAGCUUCUCCGUCAAAAACCCCAGUCCAGUCUACGAGAUGCUGAAGAAGUAUUUAGUUGUGCUGAGUUGUUCAGACGCUGCAGAGAGUCUUUCUGUGGGCCGUGAGUGUGUAGAGGGCGGAGUGGAGGACCGCGGUCAGGUGUGUGGGGGCGUGGCCAAGGCGGGCCUGGUUGUGGCCAGUGACGAGGCCCUCCCCAUGCAGACCCCGUCUCAGAGACGACCCCGGGAGCCUGACGAAGACUCUUUAGAUGGCUUGCCCCAGUCGGCCUGCAAACGGCCCAAGCUUGAUGUCACACUAGACGAAUGGGACCUCUCAGGACUGCCCUGGUGGUUUCUGGGUAAUCUGCGUAACAACUACAGUCGUAGAAGCAACGGCUCUACGGACAUCCACACUAAUCAACUGUCUCCUGCGCAGGAUGAGGACACAGCGAUCGUGUCGGACACGACGGACGACCUGUGGUUCCUGACUGAGGGGGGAAGUGAACAGGUGAGCGUGGAAAUGAAGGAGGCCGUGCUGGAAGAAGGGAGUGGAGGAGAAGGAGAGCCGCCACCUGAAGAAGAGGGAGGAGGAAAAGAGGAGAAGGCUGAUAAGGAGAUGCAGGAGGAGCCAGAUGAGGACUCUCAGUGUCUGAGUGAUGAUACGGAUAUAGAGAUCUCUACACAGGAUGCAUGGCAGUGUACAGAGUGCAGGAAGUACAACUCUCCUCUCCAGCGCUACUGCGUACGCUGCUGGGCUCUACGCAAGAACUGGUACAAAGACGUCCCACGGUUGGUCCACUCACUUUCCGUCCCCGACAUCCCAGCAUGCAGUUCUCUGGCCCCGCGAGAUGACGACGAUGAGGAGGAAAGCGACACAGGCAUCGACGUCCCAGACUGCCUCAGGACCGUGUCUGACCCUGUCAUCCUGCCCUCACACUCCACCCCUGACCGCCUGCUGCCCCCCGGGGUUCCAGGGAAGGGAAAGGGUCCUAGGCCGCGAGGCCUUCCCAGGGAGGAGCAGCUCUCUGGGGGAGAGAGUCAGGAAAGCCUGGGGAUGGAAGUAGAGGUUAGGUCCGAGGCUCUGUUGGAGCCUUGUAAGCUGUGUCGGAUGCGUCCGCGUAACGGGAGUAUUAUACACGGCCGCACAGCUCACCUGCUAACCUGCUUCUCCUGCGCCAGGAAGCUGCACAAGUUCCACGCUCCAUGUCCCGGCUGUGGACAGAUCAUACAGAAGGUUAUAAAGACAUUCAUAGCCUGAGAGGAUUGGAACACACAGAUAUAAUACACACAGAUGUAAUGUACAAGGUUAUUUAAAAUUGGAACAAGACACAAUCACUUGCAUCAAAAGCCACUCAUACGCCCCAGAGAUACACAGAGUAAAGCACUUAAAAGAGCAUGUUCCCUUUUGCUCUCUGUUGUCUUGUUUUGCUUGUAUCACACUGCCUCUGAGCUACGGCGCUAGUAAUGGAAGGUACAAAUCCAGCAAUGUGUUUCUUGAAGUAUCCAACUAUAUAGUUAUCUCUGUGCCACAUUUCAUGAGUCAUUUGCUACUCAAUGUAACAUCAUAGGUAUUUAUUUAUUUGAGGGCCAAGCAGCACUGUACAUAUGAAAACGCAGCUGUCAUUGCAGCUAACUUUGACGACAGCGAUAUGUGAGACUUAAGUUUUUGUUCCCGACGAAAGACCUGUUGACAUUUGUUUCCUAUUGGUCACUGUUGUAAGUGUCCAGAAAAAGCGUUCUGCCGGUUGUCAGGCUGCUGACGUGUUUGCUGCCAUACACUAUAUUUUAUCCCUUAAAGACCGGUCUUCUCUCCCUAGGUUAAGAUGAUGGGAAGCUAGCGUCACACUGGCUGACUACUUCUCCAGUGAGAGCAGAUAUGAAUUCUCAUUGCCCUGUAUAUUCAUGGAGCCUCAGUGCUUUGGUGGUCCUCUUCUCCUGUUUAGUCCUUAGUUUUUCUUAAGUCAUUUCUCUGCAGCGUUUUUUUUGUGUGCUCUUGGAAAACAGACAAGGGGGAUCGAAAGAACAUUUUUGCUGAUUUAUUGACCACAUUUUGGUUGAAAGGCCUAUUUUCAAGAUAAGUCAAUAAUAAACAUCUCCUUUAGAUCCCCUUGUCAUUGUUUUUCAAUAGUAUACAUACCCCCAGGGAGAAGUCUUUACCCUGCAGUGCUGAUCAGAAUGCUUUGUUGUCUUACUGUCCUUGUACUCACAAUGCAAGUGAAUGUACUCCACAGAGAACUUUUGCCUCUUUUCAAAGGCUAGUUAGUAAAAAGUAGUUCAUAUUAACGAUAAUAACCAGUCUGAAAUAUAGUUGAAGAGUCACAUCUAUAGCCCUCAAUGUAGAGUUAUUGUAAAUUAGCCCAUCUCAAUAAGGAAAUACUUUGGUGUAUGUGGACACUCCUUCAAAUUAGUGGAUUUAGAUAUUUCACUGUUGAUAUCAGUGACUUUCAAUGUGGCACCUUCAUAAGAUGCCACCUUUACAACUUGUCAGUUUGUAAAAUUUCUGCCCUGCUAGAGCUGCCCCGGUCAACUGUAAGUGCUGUUAUUGUGAAGUGGGAACAUCUAGGAGCAACAACGGCUCAGCUGUGAAGUGGUAGGCCACACAAGCUCACAGAAUGGGACCACCGAGUACUAUAGCACGUAAAAAUGGUUUGUCCUUGGUUGUAACACACACUACUAAGUUCCAAACUGCCUCUGGAAGCUACUUCAGCACAAAAACUGUUCGUCUGGAGCUUCAUGAAAUUGGUUUCCAUGGCCGAGCAACUGCACACAAGCCUAAGAUCACCAUGUGCAAUGCCAAGCAUCUGCUGGAGUGGUGUAAAACUUGCCGCCAUUGUACUCUGGAGCAGUGGAAACGAUUUCUCUGGCGUGAUGAAUCACGCUUCACCAUCUGGUAGUCCGACUGACGAAUCUGGGUUCAGCGGAUGACAGGAGAACACUACCUGCCAGAAUGCAUCGUGCCUACGGUGAAGUUUCGUGGAGGAGGAAUAUUGGUCUGGGACAGUUAUUAUUAUUUUUUUUAUGGCUGGGGCUAGGCCCCUUAGUUCCAGUGAAGAGAUCUUAACGUGCCAAUGACAUUCUAGAAUUUCCUGUGCUUCCAACAUUUUGGCAAAAGUUUGGUGAAGGCCCUUUGCUGUUUUAUCAUAACAAUGCACCGUGCACGGAGCAAAGUCCAUACAGCAAUGGUUUGUCGAGAUCAGUGUGGAAGAACUUGACUGGCUUGCACAGAGCCCUGACUUCAACCCCAUCAAACACCUUUGGAAUGAAUUGGAACGCCGACUGCGAGCCAGGCCUAAUCGUCAAACAUCAGUCCCCAACCUCACUAAUGCUCUUGUGGCUGAAUGGAAGCAAGUCCCCGCAGCAAUGUUCCAACAUCUAGUGGAAAGCCUUCCCAGAAGAGUGGAAGCUGUUAGAACAGCGAAGUGGGGACCAACUCCAUAUUAAUGGCUGCCAUUUUUCCUUUCCAGACAAUUAUUUACUUUUUAGGCUUAAAUAUAAAUACUAAAAUAUUCACAAUCGCCAAUUUUCUUAAAUUCUAGUUCUGCUCGCUUGAAUUUCUCAAUUUUAGUGCAGUGAUUUUGGCAAUUUCUUCAGACCUGUUUUAGGUGUUGUGCUUGAUAUUAGAAGUAUUUGUGGCCCUUUAAUUCCUCCCCAAAUAUGUUUUACGAUUUUUGUUAACCUCUUCCAAUAUCCUACAUUUUAAAUCAGAUGAAUGAGUAUUGGGACAGUAAGUAUGGAGUUGUACACCAGGCCUGCCAAGCCUUAUCACCUGUGCUAAGUUUGCCCCUUGAUAAUUAGAAGAAAUAAAACAUUAAAGCGGCAAUUACAGUUGAAAAAAUAACAGUGUUUUCCCCGCCGCUGUUUCUGAGGGAUUGGAGGAUGGGCUGGAGAAAUGGAAACGCUCAAAUUCAUAUACGGAGCUAUGGCUGCUAAGGCCUGACCAUCUAAGAUAUCAAAAUAAUAGUUUUAACAAUGUUUUGAGGCGAUACAGUGCCUGUUGUUUACCAACAUUAAAGUAAAUCUAUUUUCUUUUUGAGGUUCUGAUGGGGGUACAACAGUUAAACAAACUAAGCUAAUGAGAUAUUGAAGUUGGUAUUCAAAAAUCAAUACACAUAUAUAUAUAUAUUUGCUACUGCCAAAUGACUAGGAACUGCAGAUUGUCCCUUUUUAAAGGGAGGACUAAAGGUGAAUAAAGCUAUAUAGAUGGUAAAGGUUUUUUUUUUUUUUUUUAGCUUUGUCUUCUAUUUCUAGAUGCAAACUUUGCACAGGUGGAAAUGCACGGUAAUACUAUACUCAUAGUAAUACUCAGGCUCUUUUGUGUCUGGAGGCCAAUAGUGUUUCCUCUAUCACUCUAAGGUAGAAACAGACGUGCGUGGGCUUUUCCUGAUGAUGGUGCAUAUGAGUGUGCUUGUUGAGUUUUGUUUAAGGGAAGCGUUUCACUGCCAAACGUAAUGAUUGGUUUUUGCUUGUUUGUAUGUUAUGUAAAUUUGUUUAGGGUUUUAAUUGAUAUUGGUUCUGCAUUUAUUUGCUUUAAGAUGUAUUGUUCCUGUGUGUACGAUGCUGUUUUCUGUUCUGCUUUUGUGAAGGUCCUGAAGGGCAGGCUGUAGGCAGGUGACCUGUAACAAAGUGACCUGUCCUCUCCUGUCUCUCUACUGCUUGUAACAGACACUGUCAGGUCUACUCUGAAACAUACUGAAACAUGAACAUGCACUUGUACAGAGAGCUCUUUAUUCCUUGUCCUAGCUGUGCUCUGCCUGACUGAAGGGAACGAUGGCCUUACCUUCCACCACUGUUCAGCUCUUUACUUGUACUUAUCCCCUCUGCCUCCAGGUGGUGCUGGAUAGCAGUGGUUCUCAGUGCUCCAAGAGCUCUCGCCCGUUGCAGCUGUAUAGUAUUAAACAUGUUAUAAUCUACAUAGCAUAUGGUUGAUUAGUGUGAGACUAAACCCAGCACUGUGCUGGUGAGAGAAUUAUACUAGCAAUGUGUAUUAAAGCUAUAUUAGAUCUGCUAUAUUGUAAAGGAACCCUGCUUUGAUCGCCUUGUAUUGCCCUACUCAUAAGCCACCGAGCUCUACGAACUAUCUAACAUGGAGGCACAUCAGAAUGUGUCGUUGUUGUUGAAUACUGAGAAAGGCACCAAAUUCGAAAAGAUGUGAUGAGCAUGAAUGCAACAGAACAUUCCAGAAGAACAUGGUACACCCAAUAUGGCCUCCUGUCCUCAUGUCGUGGAACAUUGCUUUGAAUUGGAAUGUUAGUUCUGCUCAUUCUAAUUCUGUUUGUAGUGCUGUAUUAUGAAUAAAGUAACAAGUACAACUAA